AUGGAAGAUGAUUUGAGUACUACAAACCGGGAUCAGUUUCAAACAUCUGCUGACAAUGUUGAUUCCAGCACGGACCAAGAUGCCCUGUGGAGUUUCCGACAGCAGUGGCAAAAGGAACUCCGAUCUACGAAAAAAAGCGAUGUAAAUGAAUUACGUCAAAAAUCAACUGAUUCGACUUCGAAGGAAGAUAGUUCGAAAGAAUCAAAUAAUGAUGAAGAUAUUAAAGAACGAGCCACGAAUUUAUUCCUCGCCGGCUCUGAAAUGGAAAAUUCUGGAAAAUUCUAUGAAGCUAUUCAGUACUAUCGACAAGCUGUACAAAUUGUACCCGAUAUCGAACUUAUAAUUAACAGAAAAAUUAAACCGAAAGCAGUACAUGAAGAAUACGUCGAAGACGAAAUUGAAGAAACAUCAGAAACUGUUAACGUGGGAACAUCAUCGGAUGAAGACGAAGGUAAAGACGAUGAAGACCUUCUAUCUAGAAUACAAAGAAAAGCAUCCAAGAAAUUGACACUGUGCCUUCCGAAACUCCCUAAAAAUGGAGUGCAUGUAGGUGAACUACCUUUGGAAAUAAUAUUGUAUAUACUUAAAUGGCUCGUCUCGGAUCAGCUCGAUUUGAGAUCAAUGGAGAUGUUCUCGCAAGUCUGUAGGGGAUUUUAUCUGUGCGCUAGGGACCCAGAAAUCUGGCGAAUGGCUUGUUUAAGAAUGUGGGGUGUUAACUGCGGUUCGUCUCCGGGCAAUUAUAAAUCCUGGAGAAGCAUGUUCAUCGAAAGAUCACGUGUCAAUUUCAAUGGUUGUUAUAUCAGUAAGACGACUUACAUAAGAAAUGGCGAAAAUAGUUUUCAAGAUCAGUUCUACCGUCCUUGGUACCUUGUAGCUUAUUACAGAUAUUUAAGGUUUUAUCCUGAUGGCACCGUGUUAAUGCUUACUUCUGCUGAAGAACCAGUGCAAUGCAUAAAUUUAUUAAAACACAGAAACGCUAGAUAUCCUGUGUUGACUGGUUACUACAGGCUUAAAGACGAUAAAGUUAUACUGAUAAUUCAAAGGCAAACGAAAAGUUCUCUUCAAGAUAACAAGAAAUCAAAGAAACAAGACAUGCUAAAGAAAACCGAAUUCAUAUAUAACAUGGAAUUUCAGAUAAGAAGUAAAAGGAGAAAGCACGAUCAAUUGCAGUGGGAUCACUAUUCGAUUGUUACUAAACCUAAAAAAGGAGAGGAAACAGUUACUAACUUCGAGUUGCGGGGACCCCAAUAUCCACCUCUGAUUUUUUCACGUGUUAAAAGUUAUGCAGAGAGCUCAGAAAACCCUUUAAUGUAA